CGGAGAACUUCUACUCUUCAGGGUUUCUGCUCUACGGACUUGUAUCUUGGUCAAUUUCCCUCAUACUGUAACCAUGGAACUCGACACUUUGUCUAUCCCCGGCUACACGAUUUAUCGAGAGGAGUCCGAUGCCUCAGCCGCACCUGUCGACUACUCACAAUAUAAUCCCCAUCCUCUAGAUCAACUUUCGAUACAAGAGAUUCCAGUCACCGCCAAACUCAUCCGCGAGUUUGUGUGGCCCAAGAAAGUCAAAUUCAAUUGCAUCACCCUUCGCGAGCCUAGAAAGAAUGAAUAUGCGGCUUUCAAGUCAAGAAGAGGCCCUCGACCAGAUCGUAGGGCGUUCGCUAUUGUCAUAGAGCAAGGCGACGCCUGCAAUGUCGCCGAAGUCGUCGUCAACCUGACCACAUCAAAAGUCGAGGACUGGAAGCCAGUCAGCGAUGUCAUGCCAACCUUGACUCUCGAGGAUCUUGACGUUAUGGAACGCAUUGCUCGCAAAGAUUCUCGAGUCAUCGAGGCUUGCCGAGGCCUAGGAAUCACCGAAAUGUCGAAGGUGUUCUUCGACGCUUGGGCUAUUGGAAUUGACGAGCGAUUUGGAUUCGAGCGUCGGUUGCAACAAGGCUUGGCUUACUAUCGGAAUUCUGCGCUUGACAAUCAAUAUGCUCAUCCCCUGGACUUCUCGGUGGUGGCGGACACAGAACGGGAAGAAGUCUUGCAGGUAGAUAUCCGGCUCGUGAACGGCGAAAGGACUCCCAUCCCGCUCGAAGAACAUCAAUAUGCACCGACCUUCUUGAAGAACGGCUACAGGCCGGACGUACUGAAGCCUAUCAACAUCACGCAGCCUCAAGGUGUCUCCUUCCACAUGAGAGGUAACGAACUGACCUGGGCUGGCUAUAAGAUGCACAUCGGCUUCAACUAUCGCGAAGGUAUCUGCAUUUCGGAUGUCAGCGUCUUCGAUCACCACGAACAGCGACAACGCACGCUGUUCAACCGCAUCAGCGUCGUCGAAAUGGUUGUGCCCUACGGUUCUCCCGAGAAGCCUCACCACAAGAAGCACGCGUUCGAUGUAGGCGAGUACGGCUCCGGUCUCAUGACGAACUCGCUCAAACUGGGAUGUGACUGUAAGGGCGCGAUCCACUACCUAGACGGCAUCGUCAACACGAGCAAAGGUGAAGCUGCCGUAAUCAAGAACGCAAUCUGCAUCCACGAGGAGGACAACGGCCUCUUGUACAAGCACACCGACUUCCGCGACGGGAGCGUCGUCUCAGCGCGCGACCGCAAACUCAUCAUCUCGCAGAUUAUCACUGCCGCGAAUUACGAAUACGGCUUCUACCACACGUUCACCCUCGACGGCACGUACAAGCUCGAAGUCAAGCUGACGGGCAUGCUCAACACAUACUGCAUGCACCCGACCGAACAGGCCGCACCAUGGGGCACGCAGAUCGCGCCUCACCUCAACGCCCAGAACCAUCAACAUAUCUUCUCACUGCGCGUGGACCCGGAGGUCGACGGCUCCAACAACAGCGUCAUCCAAAGCGACGCGGUGCCCUCGGAGGAGCCCGUCGGGUCCGAAGGCAAUUUCUACGGCAACGGCUUCUACUGCAAGAAGACGCCGCUCCGGACCGCGCAAGAGGGCGCGGCGGACUACUGCCACGAAACGAGUCGAGCGUGGGACAUUAUCAACUCGAGCCGGAUCAACGAAGCCUGCAACAAGCCCGUCUCGUACAAGAUCAUCAACAACUCCUGUCCCCAGCUGCUCGCGAAGCCCGGCAGCGUCGUGUGGAAGCGCGCCGCCUUUGCCCGCAAGACGCUGUGGGUCGUGCCAUAUCGAGACUACGAGCUCUUCCCGGCCGGAGAUUAUGUCUGCCAGUCCACGGGCCAGGAAGGCCAUCCGCACAAUCAGACCGUGGCCGACUGGGCCGCGCGAAACGAGUCGAUCGAGAACACCGACAUCGUGUGCUACGUGCAAUUUGGUCUCACCCAUUUCCCCCGGACCGAGGACUUCCCGAUCAUGCCCGCCGAGCCCGUCAGCGUCAUGUUGCGCGCCUCGAAUUUCUUCAAGAAGAACCCCGGCUUGUGGGUCGCCCCGUCGGCACUGUGUGUCGACACGGCGUCGAGAGAUGCCUUUGACGAGUCCUGUUGUGCGGUGAAGCAGAUCAAGCUGUAGGACGACACCGCAUCACACGCGCUCGUCGAUCCCACUGGGGUCAAAGUUAUGCACACCGCAAUGAUCCGAAUAGGACACCAUAUCUGACCGUCUGACCGUUGACCUACUGUAAGAAGCAGACUUUACGCAUUAUGUAUCGACGCCCUUUUAUAUAUAGGACUAAGGAGUAGAGGUAGAGAGGCGAUAUUGAUCUAUACUC